AUGAACUGCCCGAGAAAGGGAUUUUAUGGAGAGAAUGCAAGUGAGGAUAGCAAAGGAUUUGUUCUCAAUAAUCUCGUGAUUAAACUACAGAAUCAGUGGGGGGUGGGUCUUUUGAAAACCAUUCCCAGCAUAGAAGCAAAUUACAUCUCUUCGAGCGGUGAAAAGCUGAUAAUAGAACUGGCGACUGCAUUGCUGCAGAAUGAAAGAAUUCCAAAGGACAGCUAG